UUAAUGGACUCUGGCUCAAUGCUUAUCCUGGACUCUCAAAUAGAUAGAGAUAAACUCCCUAAGAGCUUUAUCUUUAUCGAGACUAAGGUCCUUCCCCAUUCUAGGACUCUUAUAACUUAUCCGUUUAUCCCAGACUCCAGCAUCCCCACAGAUAACCUCAGCCUAGCCGAGAUCAUCUCAGCGUCAUGACCAAGACACGUGGCACCUCGGUUGGCACUUCGAUGCCACCUUGGCCACGUGUUGUCAUUAAAAAAAAUGUCCCCACAACUGCAUAGAGUGUGGACUUAGGUUCUCUCUUUACAUCCUUUUCCGAGAAGUCCUUCACUGCUAUAAACUCAACCCAAUGCAAUUAGCCAUUAACUCUUACAGAGUCAUCAACGGUAUUAUUGCCUUAGCUAGCCGAGAAAAUGUUAGGGUAACUCUAGCCGACAUCCAGUAUUGCUACACCAUGUGUGGCCUUAAGUUAGAAAAUGGCUACAUUUAUUACCUUAAGCUGAGGUCGAUGGAAUACAAACUCAUCGCCGACCUCCCUGAUUCCAACAAGGGUGCCGGAGACGAUUAUUUCAUCAUCUCGGGCAACUGGGAGCUCCCCCCAGAUAAUGACUUUCACCUCUAUCCCCUAAGCCGAACAGUUUUCAGAGAGGGAGAUGUUCUUCCUCAACCACCCAAGGACUUCCGUAAGUCCUUCUAUCCCAGCAAGGAUUUCAAGAAGUUGUUGGGUUUGCCAGUUGACCAGCGGAAAGCACCUCUGUUGCUCAACUACAUCCCAACCUACAAGUCCAUACUUCACGACGUCCCAAGAAAAAGCAAGUCUCCUUCUUCAGUAACAACUCCUCAAGCUGAAUCAUCAAGGCCUGACAAAUGAUCAACAUCUAGUCCUGUGGAGCAAUCAUCAACCUUUGCUUCACAACUGAUCCCACCUUCUCAACGCCAACGCUGACGUCAAGCUCCAUUGUUCGCACCGACAGGCAGGACUCGAAGCCGAAGAUGCGGAAGUGCCAAGGUGUCCUCAUACGAUCUAGCCAACCCCCCAACUGCACUUCCAGCGAUCCAUUUCGGCACUAAGGUCACCGUUGCCGUAGCCGCCGACGAGAUGGGUCAUAAAAAGGCUGUAGCAGACGACCUUCUAGCCGACAUUCCCAGCAUCAUCACCGUGCAAUCUUCACCAUCGCAAUCUCAGCCAAAGCCAAAGCCAAAAAGGCUGAAAAAAACCCAAGCAAAGGCAACGGUAACUCAGAUCGAUUCUGAGGAUACCUUGCCGAUCUCAAAGAUGACCGAGGCGGAAAAAAGUGCCUCUGCCGCUGAAAAGAGGCCUGCAGAGGCUGCUCCUUCUGAAUCCACCAGGUCAAAGAAGCCGAGGUCAGAGUCUGCCACAACCUCUGGGUCUCUGAAAUCAUAUGCCCCCUGGGCCCCUCCAAUCACCAUUGAGGACAAGCCAGUCAGAGUCGGCAACAGCGUGACUGACAUCAAAGUCGGCGUUGCCCUCUCUACUGCCUUGCUCCUUCCAAAAGACCUCAAACGUAACGCCGAGGUCAGUGAAAAUGAAAACUUCGCUCUAAUGUUGCAGCACUCCAUAAAAGUAAGCCCCUAACAUUUGGUACUUUUCAUUCUCUGUUUUUCCAUACUUAGAGUUUUAUUAACUUUUGUUCUGUCCAUUUCUUCUAGGCGAUCCAGCACGCCCACUCCUUCGCGAUGUAGGCUUUCGACAUUAAGGAGUUUAGUCAACAAGACCAAGGAGGCUGCUGGCUUGCUGAAGACCGUUAAUAAGGCUGAGGCCAAGAUGAAAACUUUGAUAUAUCAGGCCAAUGCAGCUAGGAAAGCUUAAGACGAGGCCGAGGAGAGGGCAUGCGCUACUGAGGCCAUUGCUAAGGUCCUUGAAGCUGAGAAGAAAGAGGCCGAAGCAAAGACCGCCGAAGCCCAAGCCGAGCUCAUCGCUACCUUGGCCACAAAGGACGCCGAGAUCAAAGCGGGGGACGAGAAAGCAUACGCCGAGGGGACAGCCGACGUCCGCGAGGACUAUAAAAAACAAGUCAGAGAGGCAUGCAACAAGGGCUUCACCCUUAGUUGGAUGGUCGCUUUGAAAGAGUUGGCUAUCCCUAAGGACUCUCCUCUAAGAGACAUAGACCGACUUGUGGUGCCAUUCCCACCCACUUCAAGCCAGUCUAAGGCAAAGGCUGUAGAAGAAGAAGAAGAGGAAGAAUGAGAGAAAACUGAAUAUGAAGAGGCUGAGGUGGUCGUUGCUAAAAAUCCUGCUCAAACCAAGUCCCUAACUCUGAAUGAGCAAGUAGACUUGACUCAGGAUGAUGAGGACAAGGUCUCAAAAGGUGCCUCCCUCCAGAAGACAACAUCCGAGGUGCCAAUCGUCGAGAGGAGCAUUAAUCAGACUCUACGAGAGAUCGACACCGAGCUCGAGGCUGAGAAGACUGCCGAAGAGAUUUUCCAGUUGUCUUCUGGGGCCGAGACGCAUCCCGCCAUCGACGCCGAGUAGUCUUGCUAUUGACUUUUUCUUUGUACUUAGUAAUUUCCUGAACAAUGUUUUCAGUUUCCAUAUUUGGCCGACGUGCCACUUUUGUAAUCUGAACAAGUAGUCUCUUUGUAGGCCAAAGUGCCUUUUUUCUUCUCUUAAUGCAAGCACAACUUCUUCUUUCAAGUGUUUAUUGUUUGUAAGCUCUACUGCUUCCAUACUUAGAAUAAUUUGUUUGUCUUCAAAGUACACCUUAACUUUGCAAUCUCCUCGGGGUGAAAUACCUCGGUUAUACCCACUAACGGUUUAUCUCGGCCUUGGCUUAACACUUGAAAAUAUUAUAAAAAAUAUUUUCAAAAGUGUUAUUUACACAUUGCCACUUCACUCUUACUUAUCAAGACUUUUGUCUUCCAUUACCUUCCAAGUCUUGGCAACAUGGUAAUCUCGGCAACAUGGUAAUCUCGGCAAGUACGUAGAUACUUCUUUUAACAUAACCUUGGCUUAACUUCAACUUGUAAAUUUUUCUUAAAAUUUCAACAAGUGUUAAACCAAUUUUCUCUUGUAAAUUCCAACUGCCAAGUAUUAUUCUCCAACUCUCUGCCCGCUAAUGUGAACUUAAGUUUCACUUAUGUUCACAUUAAGUAUGUAAGUAUGAUCUUGUCGCCGAGAUCAAAUUCAAACAGAGACUGGCCGAGGUUAUCAAACUCAAUCUCUGUUAAUCUAACUGAUAUGUAUUUAGUGUCAUUCAAAGUUUUCAUUCUGUCGACACAGCAAA